AUGGAGCCGCUGGACGAAUUCAAGCUGCUGGCAGCGCUCGGCAUCUGGAUCCUCGCGCUCGUAGGCGGCACGGCGCCGCUCCUGAGUCGCCACCGCGUGAGCAAACGCGCCAGCUGCGUGCUCAACAUGGUGGCCGCCGGCAUCUUCCUCGCCAGUUCGUGUUUGCACUUGCUCCCGGACGCGCAGAACAACGCGGCGCUCAUGGAGUGGGGCUGUGACCACACGGCACAGGUGUUUCUGGCCGUGCGGACGCGCUAUGACGGGGACAAGACGCGGUGUUUCAAGUGGGCCAACUUCUUCUACGGCUGCGGCUUCCUCCUGGUGCUCCUCAUUGAGGUUGUGGCACAUACGCUGCAGCGGCAUUACAGUCGUAAUGGGUACACCCGCCAGGAAGAGGGGACAACAGGCGAGCUGCUGGUGUUGGUUGGAGAUGCUGUAGCGACGACGACGACAGCUGGACAGCAGCACUGUAAUGGUACUGACGAUCCGGUCUCACUCGGGACUGGUGGGGCCUAUGGCACACAAGGGAGAGGUGCGAAACAGCACGUGAGUGGACAAGUGGACACUGACGACGACAGCAGCAGAGAGGAGCCCCACGCUCAUAUCCACGGUAUCGUCCGGGGCAACUUUAUCCUGGCACUUGUCGUGUUCAUUGCCCUGUCGUUCCACUCGGUGAUGGAAGGCAUGGGCAUGGGCGCGUCCAGCACGCCCGCAUGGGAUAUCCUUAUUGCGAUCUUGGCACACAAGUCGCUUGCCGCAUUUGCAUUGGCACUGGAGCUCCUGCAUCAUGAUGUCCCGCGGACGCAACUCUUGUCGUCGAUUGCAGUCUUCUCGCUCAUGACGCCCAUGGGCAUUUUGUUUGGAAGGUUGCUCGUGGAUACGACGCAAGCGACGCCUGCAGGUGGCGUCUGUGCUGCGCUUGCUGGUGGAACGUUCCUGUUUGUUGCAAUUAUGGAGAUUAUCCCACGAGAACUGCAAGAUCCGCGGUACCAACUCGAAAAGUGCUCGGCUCUGCUUGCUGGAUACGGCGCUAUGGGCGUGCUCUCGCUCUGGACGUAG